AUGCGCUCCUUCUAUCUCCUGCCCGCCGCUUUGCUUGCGAGUCUCACAAGCGCACUGCAAUUGCCUGACCUCCAAUCCUUCGUCCAAGCUCUUCCCAACGCCCUGCAGGACCUACUUCCGGAACCGCUUCAUAACGGAACUGCACACGAGCUGUUGAAGCGACAAUACAGCAAUACCUGUCCCGAAGACUUCAAGUCCUGUGCCAACCUCGGCGCAUCCAAUCUCUGCUGUCAUUCAAAAGCAGUCUGUUCGGCCGACUAUGCUGGUCAUGUAGCAUGCUGUCCUUCGGGAGCGGCGUGCACUGGGACAAUAGGCGGAGUAAUCACAGCAGGAACUUUGAACUCGAAUGGCGCCAUUGUAGGAGGCGGCGCAGCGGCAACAGGAACCACGGGAAAUGCUGGUGUGCUGGAGACAAACACGGCUCAGACGACUACGACUAGUUUCCAGUUCGCCAGCUCCACCACCAAUGGCUUGGUCAUGGCGACAACUCCCUCGACUGUAGCUUUGGCGACCAACAAUAAUGGAGGAUUCAUCGUGGAUGGCACAAGCACCGUGGCCAACCCAAAUGCAGGUGCCAGGAUAGCAGAAGUGCCCUUCCUUGUGCAGGCUGUAAUUCGGAUUUUGGAACGUUUGCCGCUCUGA